AUACCGUAGCACCAGAGUUGAGAUCCAAAUACAGUUAACAUGGUUUCAAAAAUAGUUUUUAUCACACUAUGGAUGGGCAUAUGGAUAACAGCUAUCUGUGGUCAAACGGUUCAAUUGGACGAAAAUUAUGUCAAUCGAGUGGUCGGUGGUCACGAAGCGGCUAAUGGCUCUGCUCCUCAUCAAGUUUCUCUACAGCUGAAAGGAUUCGGUCACACUUGUGGAGGAUCUAUCGUAGCGGAUAAGUGGGUUCUUACGGCGGCGCACUGUGUUGAAGGGCAAACACCCGGUCAGCUGAAUGUACUCGUCGGAACCAACAGUUUGAAGGAAGGCGGAGAGCUACACGAAACGGACAAAUUUGUCACGCACAAAUAUUACAAUAAGCCGCAAUUCCACAACGACGUUGCAUUGGUGCGCCUGAAGUCAAAACUACAGUUCUCGACCAAGGUUAAAGCUAUCGUGUAUUGGGAAAAGGAAGUCGGAGCAAACCGCUCAGUAACUCUGACCGGCUGGGGCAGAACAUCAGCUGGAGGACUUGUUCCGACGAUGCUUCAGACGAUAGACCUCAAAACGCUUAGCAACGAGGAAUGCAAGCAGAGAUCGCCAAGCGGAAGCGACAACGUUGACAUUGGACAUAUUUGCACACUUACCAAGAGUGGAGAAGGUGCUUGUAAUGGUGAUUCGGGAGGACCUCUGACUCUAGAUGGAAAACUUGUUGGUGUAGUGAACUUCGGAGUUCCAUGCGCUUUCGGAUAUCCUGAUGCCUACGCGCGUGUGUCAUAUUUCCACGAAUGGGUUCGAACGACGCUCGCUGAAAAUUCAUAAUAUUAACCGAAUCAUUUCAUGUUGAUUUGAUUAAAUUGAUUUAAGUUCAUGAUAUAAUAGAGAGUUGAUUGGACCACAAUUGCGCAUAAUAAAUUAACUAUGGUAUAAAAAAUUAAUCGGUUAUUAACCACAGCUGCGAUUGUCAUAAGCGAUAUUUUUGCACCAAUCUCAACCUGGUGUACCGUGCUGUGCCCUUAUUCCGUUCACCUAAGACAAUGCGCUAUGUCUAAAAGCUCUAAAAAAUAGCCGUUUAGUAUUUUGAAGCUGCAAUUUCGCUACAUAGUGUCAUUUGCUAUAUACAAUUGAAAAUAAAAUAUGUUGGAAUGCAUUCAUAGACUUAGGCUCCACUAGUGAAAAAAACAUUGACAAAUUAUGUGGUCCUAAUUCCAAUCAUCUGAAAUGGCAUUGUUCCUAAUUCCGUUCAUUCGUGUUCCUAAUUCCAAUCACCCGAAAAACAUUUGAUUUCUUGAAGAUGCUGAUACCAGGCAUCAUUUUUCUCACAAAUCCAUCUUUUCAUUUAUUAUAAUAUUGCAAAUAAAAAGCUUAAAAUGUAAUUUCCUUCCGAAUUUGAAAUACAAUGAAUGAUUUUCCUUAGU